UGUUUUUUAAGCAAUCAGCCGGCUGAGUUAAGAAAUUAUAAAAUAUCAAUUUAUUUAUAUUUUAGCGCUUGUUUAUAACUUGGUUGUUGUAAAUUUCUGACUUAAUUUGUUUAAUAGUAGAUUGUAGUUUUAAUCAUUAGAAUCUAAGAAAUCAAGUAAAUUUUUAUAUUUUAAAAUCAUUGUCAUAUCAAAUUGUCCCACAUCGUGAUCUUUUGUACCUUAUCGAAGAUCAGACUUAUUUAUUUGAUUUUGGAUAGUUUUUGACGCAUCAAAAAAGGCAGAAAAGCAUAAUUUCUUAACUAUCGUUAAAGAUAACGAUAACAGAUGAAAUCUUUUCAAUUUUAUCUGAUUGUCGCUGAGCAAAAUAAUUUACUUUUUGAAGAGAGACAUUUAACUCGCAUAAAGAGGUUGCAUAACGACUGUUGACCGCCCACCGAAUUAAGACAUUUUAAGUAAUUAUUUAAAUAAAAUGUUGCUUAGGAAUAGUUUGAAACUCUUUUCAGUGAGUCGAUGUAUAACAUCGCGUCUUGCUUCUAGAUCAUACGGAAUAAGCGAAGAAGAUAUUGAGAAAAUAAAACAAUAUAAAGAGAGGGUUGAAUUGGAAAAUAGUGAUGCAUUAAGAAAAACUUAUAAGAUGUUGAAAGAUGAGUUUUCUAGGUAUGCUAAAGGGGAUUUCAGUCCUCCCAAAUCUAAAAUAUCGAAAUAUUCGGAGUAUGUGGUGAUUGGGGGUGGAAUUAUGGGAUCAUCUAUAGCUUAUUCAUUGAAGCAAAGAGCGCCUGACAGCUUUGAAGUGAUGGUUGUGGAGCGAGAUCCAAAGUACACAAGAUCAUCUACUGUUCUGUCUGUUGGAGGUAUAAGGCAACAGUUUUCUCUGCCAGAAAAUAUACAAUUGUCUAUGUACAGUGCUGAAUUUUUAAGAAACAUAAAACAACAUUUAAGUGUUUUAGAUGAUGAUCCUCCUGAUAUUCAGUUUCAACCGCAUGGAUAUCUGUUCCUUGCUACUGAAGAUGGAGCUGAGCAAAUGCUAAAAAAUUAUAAUGUUCAAAAAGAAUUAGGUGCUAAAGUUGAGCUCUUGCAACCAUAUCAAUUGAAAGAAAAGUUCCCAUGGAUGAGUACUGAAGGAAUUGCUCUGGGAUCUUAUGGUUUUGAAAAUGAAGGCUGGUUUGAUCCAUGGGCUCUCCUGAAUGCUUUUAAAAAAAAGGCAUGUUCUCUGGGUGCUGAGUAUGUCAAUGGUGAAGUAAUUGGUUUUGAGUUCAGAAAUGAGCACCCUAUUGUGGACCCAACUCUUGACCCUCUCCUUCGCACAAAUUAUAUGUAUAUCAAAGAUGAUGAAGGAGAAGUCCAUUGCGUAGAGUUUGCUUUCCUGAUUAUCGCAGGUGGUCCAUUUUCAUCUGAAGUAGCCAAAUUAUUGCACAUAGGAACGGGUCCAGGAAUGCUUAGUGUUCCUCUCCCCGUGGAGCCCAGGAAACGGUAUGUUUACGUUUUCAACUGUGAAACAGGUCCUGGAAUAGAUAUGCCUUUGGUUAUAGAUCCAUCAGGUGUUUAUGUGAGACGAGAAGGUCUUGGAGGCAAAUACAUUUGUGGACGAUCCCCAUCUGAGACUGAAGAACCAGAUGUAAGUAAUUUAGAAGUGGACUACAAUUUCUUUGAUUCGUCAGUUUGGCCUGUCAUAGCAAAGAGAAUUCCUCAUUUUGAGUGUAUUAAGCCUACUAAGAGGAUAGAAGUAAGCAGUGCAUGGGCUGGCUAUUACGACUACAACACUUUUGACCAGAAUGCGAUUGUUGGUCGCCACCCCUAUUUUCCAAAUGUGUACCUCGCUACUGGCUUUAGUGGACACGGCAUUCAGAUGGCUCCGGCUGUUGGAAGAGCCAUGAUGGAGCUCUUAAUAGACAAGACCUAUGUCACCAUAGACCUUACAAAGUUUCAUUUUCAUAGAGUCUUUCAAGAUCAGCCAGUCUAUGAGCAACACAUUGUUUGAUGUCCAUCAAAGCCAGUGCAGUGCAGAAAAUACUAAUUAAGUGACCUUUCUUAAAUGUAUUCAGUUUUUAAGACAACAGACUUUCGCGAACUCGCGUUUCUCUCCUUUUACUCAGUUUUAACCUUUCUGUAGUUUUGUCUCAUCUUAACCUUUUUAAAGCUGUUCUUUAAAGGCCCUGUCACAAACACAUUUAAUACACCUGAAAUAACUCGUUUUUGCCAAUUAUAUGCUAUUUUCUUAACUAGUGUGAGUUUGCAACAGUUAUUCAUGGCUUUUAGUCAAGCUUAGCGUUAUGCUCUAUGCCAAUUCUAAAAAUUGCACAAGAUUUGAAUAUAAACAAAAGUCACAGUUUAGUGAAAAUGAAUAGCAAUUGUGAUCUGAUUUUUAAAUGUUUAAAAAGUUACUCCAAUGCUAAAAAUUUGAAAAUAUUGAGAAUUAUUUAUUGAUUUUUAACAUUUUUGAUUCGGUCGAAAAAGCUUGUUAAUAAAGGUUUUUUUUUUUAAAGAUGCUAAAUAUCUUUUAAAAUAUUUUCGUUAGUUGUCUGCUUUGAAGCCAAGUUAACUCUUUAUGACAAAAUUGUAGAUAUUUAGUUUAAAAUUAAAGCUUUGCCUAAAGUCUAAGACAUUUAAACUAUGGCUAGUUUUUCCUGUCUAAAGAGCUUUGACUCUGUUAAUUAUGUUCUUUCAAGCUUUUUCACAAAGAAAAAGAAAAACAAGCCUAAAUUUAAGUGCCUUCCACUUUAGGCAAAGCUUUAAUUUUAAACUAUAUAACUAUCUUACUUUAAAAAGGGAAAAUAGCUUAGAUAUUUUUAAUUUACUUGAAAAUUUCUAAUAUCUAUUUUGGGAUUGAAUUUUUCUCUUAGAUAAAAAUAAUUAAAGUAAUCUGAAGAUUAUUUUCUGUAUUUAAGUAUUUUUGCAUCAGAGUAACUUUUCAAAAAUUAAUUUGCAAAGUUUUCAUGCUCGAAAGACUGGGACUUUUUUUCAUAAUGGCAGCUAUUUUCAUCAUUUUUAUAAAAGACCCUGACUAAAAAAUAGACAAAACUUUUCCUAACAGUCAUGAUUAACUGUCCUAACUUAUCCUAACAGUCAUGAUCACCACAGUUAUAAAAGUGCCGUAUGUUUUUAAUAAAGAGCUUUAUUUCUUAUGACAACAGAGCCUUUGAAAAUAGCCUUAAUUGUUUUCUUGUUAAAGUUUUAAAUAAAUUUUGUUUUAUGGA